AUGAAACUAGCAACCAAGCUAAAGCGAGCUUGUUUUCGCAAGACACCAGAAGUUUUAUUCUCCUGCAUGCCUGCUGGGGUCAAACCAUCAAAACUCUUUGACGCUGAGAUGGACAUUAUGACUUGGCCAACUGUUGAAAUCGAUGUUCCAGCUGGCCCACUAGGGAUUUUACUCGACGGCGACUGUUUGGAUGCAGCUGUACUUGAUGAUUUCGCCCCAAUAUCUCCUGAAGGUGCACUUGGAGUCGUCGAAGAAAGUGGUAGGGUCCCGCUAGGUAGCGUGCUGGUUGGAAUGAACACGUUAGAUUUCAUGCAUCAGCCGAGGAUGACACUUGCUGAGAUCGGUACAGUUUUACGAGAAGGUUCUCUUUUGAAGCGCCGGCUUUUUUUCAAAGUGCCACCUCAAGUUCCAGCAGUGGACCAGAUUACAAAAUGCUGUCAAGCUAGUGACGAGUCAUGCUUAAUUGUCGGCUCCACUAAAAGAGCAAUGUAUCUAUCAGAAAACUAUGAAGGCGUAGAUAGUGAACAGGAAUGGUCGGGCUCACUUUGUGGUGGACUUUAUAAGCAAACAACGGCCGCGACCGCAAGGGAUGAUUCUAUCGAUUCACAAAGAACACUGCCCGGGCAGAGAUAUUGCGAGUUCACUGAGACAAUAGCUCCUUUUUUCAAACCAGUCAUGCGGAAGGACUUGUGUUGUUUUGAGUCCGAUGAACAUCCGUAUGAGUCAGAUAUGGUAGAUCGAGCACCAAAAUUGGAAGAUACGCCUGAUUUCCAUGGUGUCGACAACAAGAUUACGGAUCAUUCGGUGCUGCUCCGACUUAUGUCAUUAUCUGACGAAUCCAGGGCUGAAGUUGUAGAGGUGGACGAGAAGAAUGUAUUGCACGAAAAAACACACUGUAAUAUUGAGAAUCGAAACGUGAGCUUUGAGUUUCAACCUUCAGUCGAUUUGGCUAGACAGUCUAUACCAGCGACUUCUACAGCUCCAGUUGUGAAGACAAUUCGGCGUAUAUCUGCUGUUUCGACUCAGCGAAUGAGUUUGAUCAAGGCUGUCUUACCAAUCUACACGGAAAACCUUGUGCUUCGACGAAAUCUUGAGCUUCAAUUGAUCAUGACUUAUGAUCGCAGGGAGAUCAAGUCAAAAGAAUUUUGGUUCGUAGUUCAUGCAGAUUGGAUGAGUCGUUGGGCAGUAUUUGUAGGCAAAGAAGGACCGGAACCAGGUCCGAUAACGAACCACGAAUUGAUGAUUCCUGCUUCUAGUCUUAGCGCGGAUUCUGAUCAAGUCAUGACUGUUCGUUCAGAUAUCAAAGUCAUAAAGGAUUUUCGCUUCGUGAACCCAAUGGUCUGGUGUUUACUGACAGACUUGCAUGGCCCGGGAGAUGCUCCCCCGAUUGCAAGAUUCUCACUUGAUCUUAAUUCGGAUGCACCUGAAGACGUCAAUGAAGUGCUUUUCGAAGCAAAGGGUCACGCGAAGGGGCUAGCUACAAGCCUUCGUGAAAGUUGUCAAAUUGCUAUGUAG